CGGGGCGGGGCGGGGCGGGGCGGGCGGGGAUGGAGCGCGCGCGGACGGCGGGGCUGGCGCGGGCCGUGCUGGAGCGCGCGCGGGGCGCGGCGGCGGCUGCGGAGGCGGACCCGGAGCGCCUCGGCGCCGCCUUCGCCGCCGCGGCGGAGUUCAUGGGCCACGCCGCCGGGCAGUGCCAGCAAAGCAGGAAGGACCCCGUUUGCCUUGUGUCAGUCACGUCGUCUUCAGGUCUGGGGUCAGCCUCCCCCUUCUACAUCUGCGGCAGCAAGCUUGUUAGCCGCAGAGGCGAAGCCCGCCGUGAGAAGUACUAUAGCUUGGUGCCAGCCUGUAGAUGCAAAGAGCACGAAAUCAAACACAUCUGCAGAUACCACAGCAAGCAAGCAGGUGAAAAAGUGUUGGAGGCUGCAGAAAAAAAAAAUGCAGCCUCUGUAGUGUGCAGUCAACCUAGAACUUGCCAACAACGUACCAGGAAGGCUUCCAAAGACAUAUACAUUGAAGUUUCUCCUGGCACCUACUCUAUCACAGCAACCUCAGAGGACAUGGUGAAACAAACCCACGUGAAAUAGAGGCCAUGACUAUCAGAGCUUGACUAACAGAGCCCAGCACCCUUCCAGACUGCACCUAGGAGUUACUGCACAUAAGUUUUCUUCCGCUGUGUUUUACUGCUGCUGAAGGUCAGAGCUGUCCAUUUUCAGGGCCACUUAUAUAGGAGUCCCCGCUUCCCAUAGGCCUUAACUGGGUUGAUGUCAACGGGCAUUUGGCUGGUUUCUGAAGAUACAGUCUUUGUUGAAUGCUCACACAGACUCCUUUAGCCUGGGCUUCUCAAGAAGACUGGAGUCGGUGUUAACAGCACUGUCCAUCAUAGUGCUCUUAGUGGGGAACGGCUCCAGGUCACGCUCCAGAUCAGAAGAGAGGGAAGAUGCAGCAGCUGCUGCUGCUUCUUCUUGUUUGGGACCUUCCAGGCCUAGAAGGCAUGAAGAGGGUUUCCUGCUGGGCUCUGCCUCUUCCUUCUCUCUCGGAAGGACCAAAGACCGGGAAGGAAGAGGCCACCAGGCAUCAGCAUGGGGAUGGCAGCAGCAGAUGCAUCUUGUGGGUACUGAUGAGCAGCAUAUACCACCACCACAGUGACAGUGAAAAUGUGGCCAGCAGAGCAAGCCACGCUUAGUGAGGCUAUCUACAGUACAAAGAGGAAUGGGGACUGUUACAGGACUGCAGGAAAAAAUACAAGAGUUAGCGUCAGGAUUUUCUCUGGGCUUCAGUCUGCUGGUGAAGGGCAUGUGGAUCAUCUCUACAGUCCUCUCCCACCGGCUGGGAGGGAUCCACAGUGCCACACCUAGUGGGAGUUUCCGUUUCUUGCCGUUCCAGAACCGGACCGUAAUCUCUUCAUCUUCUGAGGCUGUUGAAAGAAAAGGUACGCGGCCGUAAGCAGCUGGUCUGCCUGUGGCGCACACAUACUUUCUACUCCCGUCAGCAGAGGAACCAGCUAUCCCCCCUCCCUCUGCAGCGCCUCAUCGCAAUGUCAUCGGAGGUGGCGUGGCAGCUAAGACACUGUCAGCGCAGCGACAGGCCUGGCAGCAUCUUUCCUCCCAAUUUUUCAUCAAAUGAGCAAGUAAACGCUGACUGAGUAAUUUUUGUUGUUGCUGCCAAAGUUAGCAGUAACUUUCAGAGAACAUUUUACCAGUAUUUUGAUAAGUCAGUGGAGCCUGACUGUCAAGUAUGGGAAAACGAACGAGCUGUUGAAAUCGCAUGCUUGGAUGAUAAAAUCACCCCCGAGGUGUAUCAUUAAGUAAAACACAAGCAUUAUAGCACAGAGGAUGCCUCCCGAGAGCUGCUGCAUUCGGAUCCCUCGGGAAAAGGCAGUUGUCCUUCACACAACAGACACACCCUUGCUCAAGCAGACAGGAUAUAACCCAUCAGCAGACGGAAGAUGACGUUUUUAUAGGUCACAGCUUCCUUAGGGGUAAACUAGCCAGGUUACACGGAGGUAUCUAUCAGCAAGUCACAUUAGCUCCUGGAAGGCUUCAACAACAAACCGUGGACUGCUCACUGGUGCUUCAGCACCACCACUGCUUUUAUCUGAGUCUCACUCACCUUCCCGAGCAAGGCAAGCAGGAGCAGGGCAGCAUCUUCCUUACCUCGUAAGGGAUCCCGUGUCUCAACGCCCAUGAGGACAGUCCCUGGGCCGUACCUCACCAUGUCUGGUUCCCAGGGGGCCAGCACUUUGUCUCCAGGGAGUAAGGAGUGCUUCAUACCGUCCACGUAUUCCAGAAUAUCAUCCUGCGUUGUUUUUUGCACAGAUACUGGACACUUCCCAUGUGCCACAAGUGGUUUGGCGAACUCUACCAGGAACAUUCCUCCUUCACUCUGUUACCAGGAUCAAAAUAACAGCUCCUCUGAAAAACACUGCAUUAGCAAACCAUUCUGUGUGGCUUUUUAGGCCAAGGCAGAGCACCAAGCAAGCCUAAACGUUAAUUAAACAGCGCGUGGUAGCAGUCCUGAAUCGAGGCAGCCAGAGAGCGCUCUGGGACGCUCACCGGACAGCAGAUGGAGCGUACUUACAAGCAGACUUACAGAUUCACAACAGCCAGGAUCUGUACUUUCUUCCCCAAAAGAAAAUGCUACCAAAUGAGUACAACUGGAUUUCGCAAACCACACUGCAUGCACCACGUAACAAGGGACACUGAACCUGUUCAAACCUGCUCUUCAGUCAUGCCCACGUCCUUCCUCAUUACAUACAGCCUUAACUCACCGCUUUUCUGAGGAAUUGAAAUUGAGGCCUGUCCAGAGGCUUUCCAUCAACAACGAAAUGAAGCACUGCCCUGUUCUCGAGAAAGAAUAGGCUUUUUUCUGUUAAGUUUGAAGUGCUAACAAACAAAUGAAUUAAAGCUUUCACUAACAUCUCUGAAAAGACGCCAUGGCAUUGGUCUGUAGCUGACUCGAGCUGGAAGUGUAUACAUAACACACUUACGCUUUUCCUGUGCUAUUGAUGGUUAUGUGUCUAUACACAACAGUAGCUGGUACGCUGUUCACAACAACACUGACACUGGCUGGAUCUGGCUGAACACCCCGCACAGCAGAAACCGAUGGCCUGUCCUGGCAAGGCGCACAGCAACGCAGCCCUCGCCAGAACCGAGAGGCUGAGGACACUCACGGGUUACGUUCAAGAGGGGCAAAAGGCAAGCUCCCCAAAACCAAAGAGCUGGUGGCGACAAACCUUAGGUUUAAAAGCAAAGAUCUCCUAGCUGAGCUCAGGAGACGUGGAGGGGAGCAGCAGUGCACCCGACACUUAAAGCCCACUUUGAAUUAGAGUGACAGGAUGGACGAAGAAUCCCGACAGGGAGUGCAACAGUCACGACAGCCCAGCCUGAUGAAAGCACGCAAGAUCUUCAUGAAGUCUCCAAACCAGAAAUAGCAACAUACUUGGCGCCUCCAAAACGAGAGGGAUUUAGCAGCCCCUCUGGCACAAAUAGCCGCUUUUCUUUAUAGAAAGGUGGGCAGGCCCCCAGCUUCUGCACAAGCUAACGACCCCUGACACGCGCCUCCCGUUAAGGAGCGGGUGAGCACAGCUUGGAAUCAGGCACAUUAGGAGCCCCUUUAUGGGGUUUUUAAUGCACAGAAUCAACGUAAUCACGAAUGGAGGCCGCCCUUGCGAUUUGUUCUCUCAUUCCUGCAGCAGCUGAACCCCACGCGAUGCCUAAGGAGCUUCUGAUGGCUCCCGUGACUGCUGCUGGACUACGUCCACCACGCUCAGUCCUUCCUAGCACUCAGAGGUGCAGCGAGCGUUAACAAGGGGGACCAUGCGGUCGCAGUGAAUUCUACCCAGCUCUUCUGACAGAGCUCACUGGGUGACCCUCCUGGUUCCUCCGACGAAUAGCCCUGCCUCCCACUGUGCACACCGUAUUGCAAAUACUGACACGGCCACGCAGAGCAACAGUCACUCACCUCUAGCUCCUCUUUUACUGUACCACGGUAAUAAAAUCCAUCGCGUUCGCCUCGCACCAGAACAGGGACAUUGCUAGCUAAGGCAGCUGAUCUCGCCAAUACACUCGGCCUCUUCCACGCUGCAUCAGGGGAAAGGAGGCAGCGGCUAAUCCAUUGGCACCUUGAAUAAAAGAAAAUGGAUCAGCACUGAGAGAAAGUAACUUCUAUAGGUCAAGUGAAGGAAUCUUAUAAUCUUUGAGAACUGGAUCAUUGCGCCUGAUUUUGUAGCAUUCCUGCAGGUCACAGCAAGUAGAAAGAAAUGGAAAGCUUAAUUGUGCAGGGGGAAUGCCUUGCUCUUGAAAUAAAACCACCAGUGCCUGUUUUUGCAGACCUCUUAGGCUUGGGAUCUAGAGGAAGUGUGCAAGGAAGAUGCUGGAAUCCCAGGCUAGCAUAACCUACACUAGCUGCUUUGCAACUUAUGUGGCAAGCCGAAGGAGCCCUUAAGAGCAGGAGAGAGAAAGGAUACGCCUGCAGUGAAGAGCACAGCUUAGAUGCACCUGAGUACUAUGGCUGAUGGUUUAUCACAGGGCAUUUCAUUCAGAGAACAUCAGAAAAGUAGAAAAGUAAAAAAUAAAGCUGCUGGUUGAUGACGGGUACAGGUUCAAAACAACAACAACAAAAAAAACCUGGCGCAAAGCACUGGAACAAUUUCACAGAAGAUGGCUGCUGAUGCAAGAUGCUUUCAUUUAUCUGAAUAAUAUAAAGGCAUGUUUCUUUGAUAGCAGGCUUACUCCAGGCUUUGCUUUUCAUAAUCUCCAGGGUAGCAAAUCACUUUAGUCAAUACCAUCUAAAGAAUCGCUGGGGAGGAGGGGGGAAAUGGUGGUCACAUUUUAUUAACCUGACAUGUUCCAGUCUGUUUUUAUCCUAUUAGAUAUCAUGAAAAGGAACGAAUCACAGAUCAAAACAAGAACUUAAUUUUACCUCCAGGGGGUGAGGGGCUUGGUGAUCCAGGCAGGAUGCACUAACAAAGAGUUCCUGCAGCAGGGACUGACAGUAGAUAUGACAUUGUAGCACGAGAAUUUGUCCAGAGCUGUCAUCGCACUGCAAUACUUGUGAUUUGUAGGCAGAAAUCCUUUUGAACAAGCCAUUCCUGCAGGAGCAGCUACCUGCAAAACUAAACCAUGAUCUGUUGGUGCUUGAGAAGAACACAGACUACACACCGGCAUUUCCAGCACCAGCAAAUGCUUCCCAGUGUGCCUCAGGACUCCACAACUUGUAUUAAUUGAUUGUUUUCAGUGAAAAGAAAGAAUGCAAAACAUCCAGACUGGAAUCUGGUCAGAUGAACCCAUAUCAUCAACGUCAGUGAUCUUCAGUCUCUCAACCCCCUACAUGGUAAAGUGACAAAAACACCCAGAGAAACUAGAAAUGCUAUGAAAUCUCCAGAAGAGCAACGUCCUCUCCUCCCUCCAACUUCUGUUUCCUUCUGUAACAUUCAGCCCUCUCUUACACCUACGCUCUCCUCAAAAGCUUCUUUCUAUGCUGUCCCAGCCAAACCUUCCCUGUUUUACAAGCUGUAGCAAAAACUGCAGCUGGAGUUGACAUAGCUGAGUAAACGUGACUGUUUCUGAAUGUAAAGUUAGAUUACAGUUGCCUGUUACUUGUUUUAUUUAUAGUGAUGUAUUAAGAAGAAAUAUUUUGAUCUUCAAGCUGUCCUGUCAGGUUUUAUAACAGCAAGAUUAUGGCUUGCCAUGAGAAAGAAAGAGACGCACAGCUUUGACAAGUGGAAACUAUUCAGAGCCUGUCACAGUGAGGUUCGUCUGCUAAUUUGAAAAAAUUUAGUAGACAGGGUUCCAUCCCGUUUUUUUUUUUUUAUAUUGCUUAGAGAUGCUUAGCACGCUUACGGUAAAAUUUGGAAUAGAAACUCAAUGAGAUAUACAUUUGAAGUGCCUUAUUUACUUUUAAAAAAUAGUUUAAGCUUUCAUAUUAGGCACUUUUGAAAAUGUUUAGCUUUGAAUAUUAUUCUGUCUCUUAGAUAGCAAAAAGAAAGAUAUGAACUAGGACUAUUUUUUAUGAGUUUCUACAAACUCAUUACACACAACUUCAAAAAAAUUCAUACACCAAACCCAACAAGAACUACAAGUAGAUUAACCGCUGUAAAAUGCGUCUUUAAAUGAGAAAAUCAUUACAGUAUGCUCACUUAUUUCACAACUACACAAAUUUCCAUGCUAUUAAACAAAACAAGCUAGAAUCAGUAAUGCUUUCCGAAUACAUAUAAGUGUCAAUUCAUUUAAGCCCACUUUCAAGCCUUUUCAGUGCUGUAACUGCUGAGGAGAGCCAGGUCCCCUUAUUUAUGUAUAAAACAAGACUGUGGCAAAGGUAAUCUGUAGCGCUUUAUGAGAUUUUCUGGAUAGCUCCAAGCACUUAAACACAGCAGUAUUUUGAACUUACCAGCUAUUGAUAACGCUAAAUCUCAUCACUUUGGAUGUAGUCCAGACGCAAAAGUCUUGCCCUUUUGCCUGUUUGAUGCAAGAAACCUUUUGCUGCCACUGUUCUCUAGUUACCAAGGAGGUUGCUAUAGCCAUCGCUAACAGGAACUGACGUGUUGAUCUUAACAGUUAAAAACGAGGGGAACUCAGCUGCAGGGUGACCAUUCGUCUGCCACUUAUCUACACGCUUUUGAACUCCCAUACACGCUUCUGUUGAUCCAGAUAUCCCAUCAAAGUCUGCCAGGGGCAGAGAAUGGAUCAUGAGAGGGUAUAGUGUCCUCUAGCAUUUUUUUGCAUGGCCAAAAUAGCAUUAUAUGAAACUCUGUGAUUCAGCUGAAAAAAAAAAAAGUAGGAUUACAAGUAUAUCGGUUUGUAAUGUGGACAGAAGGGUUGAUGCUGAGACAAGCUGGGGUCAAAUCACUCUACAAGUUUUCCCUUUUCAUAAUAACAGGAAAAAAUCCAAGAAUUCUCUUUUUCUUCAAAGAGAGUAUGUAUCAAAAAAUGCCAGAAUAUCAUGCAGGAAUUUUCCUGUUAAUCUCUGCUGUGGUCUCUAAUCCCCCUUUUUCCUCCUUAAUAAAUGCUAGCGCAUGAGGGGAUUAAUUGCAUUUUGUAGGCAUUUUUCAGUUCACUUCUAUAAAAGCAACAGAACAGAGGAGAUCAGUGGCUGCAUUUAGGGACAAGGAUAAAGCAGCAGAAGUCUGUCACCAUUUUCUCUACAUUCUGCUACACCCACACAUUAACCACUCUCAUGCGGUCAGCUGCAUUUUUGUUUAACAGCAAUAAAACAUAGCCCUUACAAAUAGCAAAUGUUCAGAACGCUUUGCAAGUUAUGAGAUAAACUCUUUACCAUUUUCACCUAAGUCUGCUCUAGAUCACUUGGCUGAAACCGUCAGUAGAUAGCACAAAGAAACAGAUUAGAGAGAAAAAAGACCACCCCAGACCUCAACCAUUAUCAGUGAAAGUGCUGAAGAAUUUCUGUUGCAGGAUAUAAUUUUCAAGACCUGCUCUUGCCAACCCUCUUCACACUGUGUAUUGUGUGAGCAGUUCUAGUAACUUGUAAGGGCACUCAAGAGCUGAAGAAAAAUCCAGUUUUCAACAGAAAUUAAGACAAGCCAACAGUUUUUAAUGAAUAAAAGUAUUGGUUAAUAAGAAGGAUAGAAUUGCACUUGCAAGACAUUAUGCUCUUACUAAGCUUGUAACCAUGCUUCGGAGAAUUGCUCUCCUCCUUCCCCUCAAACCAAUUCAUCUUUUCUGCUCACUUCUAACAACAUUCCUAAGGACUUUUAGACUCCUCCUUGUUUUGUAGGAAAAACACUGGCAAUUAGAACAAAAGUCUUUAAGAAACUGCAUGCAGGAGUAAACCAAUAACAUCACUGAAAACAAAAGGAGCUCAGUCUCACCAGUGGAAACAAUGUAUUUUAUUUAAAAACAUGCAGGGUGUGAUGGCAUAUAGUUACUUUCCUUGUAUAGGUAUGCAUUUUUGGUUUGGUAAGAAUUUCAGACAUGUUUUCCAAUUUCAAUGAAUUAACUUAAGCCACCCAGAUGCUAUUUCCCCAGUUGUCUUUUUUAUAGCUAACUGUAGUUACUAUCUGUGAAAUUAAAACUCUUCUUCAGGUUAAA